CUUGUUCUCCAGCUAUGGAAAAGGCCAAAGAAGCGAAUUGACGCUGCUGAAAUGCUGAGAAUUCGGAGCCAGGAUCAUCAAAGCCGGCAGCAUGGCCUUGGUCUCCAACUCCAGGGACGAGGCAAGUAUCUUGGCUGAAGCCUUCAGCUUUGUUGCAGAGCAUCGCUUCUACUUGCGCAAGGCGGUGGAUCAUGGGGACUUCUACAAAGCGAUUCGUCAUUCUCUUUCACUCGCCAAUGAGUUGCGCUCGUCACAACUUGGUCCACAGAGCUACUACAAAUUGUAUUCCAUGGUUUUCGUAGAAUUGCAAUACCUGGGAGCGUACCUGGUGGAAACAGAGAGGCAUGGCUUCUCUUUGGACGAGGUCUUUGAAAUCGUCCAAUACGAGGGCAACUGCCUGCCACGUCUCUACUUGCUGGUUACAGUGGGGAUGGUGCGAAUGAUCGCCGUCCCGGACGCGACGGAUGAGAUCCUACAAGAUUUGGAUGACAUGGUGAGAGCUGUCCAACAUCCAGUGCGAGGACUUUUCUUGCGUUACUUCCUACUCCAAGCAGUCAAGGACAAACUGCCUGUGCUGCAGAGCGGAAUGAUGGGUGCUUUGAAGUUUUUGCUUGGUACUUUCAAGGAGGUUGUCAUCCUUUGGCAACACCUGCGGGUAGAGGCCAAAGCUGAGAAUGACGCUUGGAAACUGGAUGACCAUCGCUUCUCCUUGCGACUCUUGUUAGGUGCUCAUUUGAUGGAGAUCUCCCGCUUGGAGGGACUUACCACCGCCUUGUAUGCGGAGGUUGUGCUCCCUGAACUUCUGAACUUGGUCCCUGCCUGUGAAGAUGCAGCUGGCCAGGCAUACUUGCUGCAACUGAUCGUUGAGGUUUUUGCGGACGUCUAUCAUCUGGACACCUUGGAGAAAAUCCUCUCCACCUGUGCGCAGGUGCAUUGGUCCGUCGACUUAAAACCUUUAACGCAGCAUCUUCUAAGAAGACUGACCAGCUUUCUUGCGGACAGCAGCCGAUCUGGUGACGGGUGUGCGGAGAUCAGCCCGCGCGAUGUGUUUGGAUUCUUCCAUUCACACCUCAAACAGCUGCACGGUCGCCCGCGGACAUCCGCAACCCCUCUGAGCUCUUUGCUCGAGCUGCAACUGGAGCUUUGCAUGUACGUCCUGGCUCUAAACACAGGCCAGGACUCAUGCAUGGAGCUUCUGCAGAGCACAGUUGCUCUUCUCCAAGCUCCAGGCGUGCCUUCUCCCUUGGAGCCGAAGCUGGCAGAGGCAGUCGUGGAUCUAAUGGCAGCUCCACUGACGCAGGAGAGCCUGGCCUCAGCUGUUUUGGCCAUGCCAUACCACAAGUCGCUUCUGGCCAUGAUGUCACGCAAGAUGCAAGCUCGAGCAGCUUUGGCGGUGGUAUCAGCUCUGCUAGCGGGAGAUGUGAGCAUGCGAGACUGCGAAACAAUCCAAAAUCUCUUUGCGUUGACCGACACCCUUUUGCGCGACGAGACCGGUCGAGAUUUGGGCGAAGAUUUAAGGCACUUGGAGCACGACCCGGUGGUCUUUCGAACUGAGCAGGAGACUAUGGCCCAGUUGAUCCACCAGGUCCGGCAAGAUGAUCCCAAGAUGGUCUUUGAGAUGCUUUCAAUGCUUUGGGAGUAUUUCCAACAGGGGGGACCACACCGAAUCAUCUAUACAGUUCCGGCUAUGGUGGCAGCUGUGCUUCAAUUAGUCGGACGGCUUGGGUCUGAAACGUCGGAUCAGGCGGUUGAGAUCCUUGACUUUACGCAUACAUUGUGCACCAGCCUGGGAACCUUGGCCCCGCAGGAGUCCGUGCGCCUUUGGUUGCUAUCUGCAGCUUGUGCCGACAAAGUAGCGGCAAAAGCAGAGAAAGUUGCAGAGUUAGUCCGACGAAUCUCGAGUUCCAUCGACAAUGUGCUCAUCUGUUUGGACCAAUACAUCCCAGAGCAGGAGGCCCGUCUCCGCGGGCUGCAACUGAUGGUGGGCACGCUGCGGCAGAUGACCGUGGGCUUGGAGGAAGACGAUUUGAAAAUGAUUUGUGGCCGAGCUGUGGCUUUGUCAAGCAAGAUGCUAUCAAAGCGCUAUCAGAGCAAAGCUUUUUGCUUAUGCUGUGAGUUGUACUGGCUGCCGCAUUUGGACUUCCAGGACCCAGACCGGGGUUUGCUUUGCUUGCGGAGAGCUUUGCAGAGCGCUGAUGGUGCAAUCCAUUCAGAUCCCUUGGAUGUCGGCUUGUUUGUGGACAUUCUAAACGAGGUCAUUCACUUGUUUGCUGAGGGUGCCAGCCAGGUCUCUGCUGUACUUCUUAGCAAGAUCCUGGCAUUAUGCGUUCAGCAUGUCAAGUACAUUGGCAACCGAGUUCCGCAGGAGUCGAUGAGAGCGCUACGUUCAGCCAUUUCUAGCCUAGCUGCCAAGCAGAAAGAGUCCAUGGAGGCAGUGAUGGUCGGAGAUGUGUACAUUCCAUACUUGGAAAUUGAUCUCCGAUCAGCGGAGCAGCUUCCCACAGAGCCCAGUGUGAAGACAUUUGUGACAUAGAACCUCUGAAAAGGGAGGCUGUUUCAGUGACUUUGAGUCCCUAGAAAUGGGGCCCGCGCCCUGUGUGGCUGCCGUAUUGGUUUGGAAUAAGUGUGGAUUCGUGCCAAAGAGAGCCGAAAGCUACGCAUCGCUUGAAAUCAUAUUGUGCUUCACAUAAAAGAGCUGCUGC